AAUGGCUGCCACUCUUGAUUAAAUAAAAAAAGAAAUAAUUGCCUAAUAGGAGGCUUAGAAUGGAGAAUUAGAAGAUUUAGAUAUUGAGGGAAUCGCAAUCGUUCAAUUUGAUAAUCAAUCAGCAAAUCUUAUUCAAUAACAUUAGAAUCUGAUUAGUUUGAGUCUUGUUGAAUGUUAACUCAAAAACUUAGAGGGAUUCCCUAAACUGAAUAAUUUGGAAAAUCUAAUUUUGGAGUCAAAUCAAUUAGAAGGAUCAGCUAUAUCUUACAUCAGCAAAAAUUUCAAGAAAUUAGCAUGUUUAAGUCUUGCAGAUAAUAAAAUUUAAAAAUUUGAAGUAAGAUAUCACCAUUAAUUCAUAGGAAGUGGAGCCAUUGAAAUAACUUAAGUAAUUACAACAGUUGGAUUUAGCUGACAAUCCAAUUACACAACUUCCUGGAUACUUCAAUAAGAUUUUUGAGCUCAUUCCAUCUUUGUAAAUUUUGGAUAACAAGGAUAAGGAGGGAUAGGAAAUUGAACUCUCUGUAAUACUAAUUUCUAUCAAUUGAUUAGAGUGGUGAAGAUGAAGGAGAUGAAUCUGAUGAAUUGGGAGGCAAAGAGGGAGAUGAAGAAGACGAUGAUGAAUUCGAUGAUGAUGAGGAGGAUGAUGAUGAAUCUGAUGUUAAACCAGUCAAGAAGACUAAGAAAUGA